CCUCUCUCUCUCUCUCUCUGGGUUCGCCAUUCAUAAGAAAGAUGGGUUCCUUAUUUACAGUUUGUCUUCAAUUUACAGUUCAUCGAAUCAGGAUGAGGAAGGCAAAGAUUUCAGGUUUUAUUUUGACUUUAAGCAUUUAAAAGAUGCAGCAUCUGUGUUGGACCAUGGUCAAUUUUGGUCAGAUUGGAAUUAAUAAAUGGCAGAAGAAAGAUGGGUUGUUUUCCCUCCUCUUCUUACUUCUAAAAAAGAAAACAAAAAUCUGUAUUUGGACCCAGCUUCAAAAACUCAUCUCAGAUUUAUCCAUUGGACAACUUCUUUAUGGAUUUGCGAGGACAGGACAGAUACAAGAAAACAAAAAUCUGCAUUUGGACCUAGCACAGGACAGAUACAAGAUCAGUUCCUCUACAGAUCAGAUUGGAGUAAUCGCCUACAAAAGAGUUGUAUUUUUAUACCAUGUGAUUUGCAGAAGUUGCAGGGUAUGGUGCGAUGGUCUGGGUUGUGCCGGUCUGGGUUCGCCGGAAGGGUUGCUCCUCCACCGGCGUACGGCGUGCGGCUUGGUCUCCGAUAAGUCUCUAUGGCCAGUAAAGCUAAAGAAAACAAAAAGGCAUGAACAACUGAAAGGAAACAAUCAUUCUCUGGAGAAAAGAAGGGCCAUGCGACGAAUCUGGGGUGACAGGAAGUGACCUGCGACACAAGUUUCUAAGAGAGAGAAGGAAAUCGUAAACACUAAGUGAGAGAAAAAUGAAUUUUGUGGUCUUUAGACUGAGAACCAUGAUGAAAAGAGAAAGAGGAAGAUUCCGGCUUGGGCUCACCAGGACAGUGGGAGUUCGACGGGAGGCGACUGGCCAGCAGUUUCUGGGUUGCCGAGUGGUAUUCUGACUUCCCGACGGUGUCCUCUGGAUGAUUCCGGUGAGGUGAGAGUCUUGGUUUGUGUAAGGAAGACUACGGUGGUUUUUUU